CAGACUAACCCUUCAAAAGUGUCACUUUUCGAUUGGUGAUACAAGAAGCCGUGUCGCGUUAUUUAUGAUGGCAUAAAACGCGAAUUAUAUUUGCAACUGUGUGCAAUACAGCGAUAUUUAUUUAGCUUAUUUUACGUUCGCAACUCCGAUGGUGCCGCUUAAACGUGUUGCGUGACCAUAUCGUUGUGAUAAAUGGGGAAAUUAGUGCAUUUGUGUGUGGUUGUGUUGUGAGUGCCAAUGGAUCGACGAUGUUCGCAAUCGGUCAGGACGCUUGUUUUCGACGAUUCAGACUCUGAUCCUCCUAAACAUGGUCAGAAGAAGGAGCUGUCCUCGACCGCGGUGCCCUCAUCGCUGAACCAGAGCGCAGAAGAUGCGGGCAAAACGGCGCGCACCAACCUGGUGCGCAUGCGACGGUCCGCGCUCGGGAAGUCCGCGCCGACUCUAUCUGUCCACGUGAAAGAGUCAUGCACGGUGUCCCGGCGUCCGUCGCGGUUGCCGCCGCCGCCGCCGCACCACAGACUCUCUCUUGUGGUCGGCUCAGGGCGUUGCAGCUCCCCGGGCACCGGGCCCCUCUCCCCGGCCGAGGGCCCGCGCUGGCCCCCGCACCCCCCGCACCCGCUGCACCACGCCCUGCUCUCGUCCAGCGUGAAGCGCGGCAAGGAGCUCGAUGGUCGCAGGUGGUCGGUGGCGUCGCUUCCGUCCUCGGGCUACGGGACCACUCCGGGCAGCUCCAGUCUAUCUUCACAAUGCUCAUCUCAGGAACGUCUGCUCGCGGUUGCUGUGUGCGAGCCGCCGCGAGCGCCCUGUCCACACUGCCAUCAACACCAAAAUUCACUCAACAGUUCGCAAGGCAGCGGCAUGAACAACUGGGCGUCACUGUCAGACAGCGGCGGCGCAUACACGGCUGCGCGUGCGCCGUCCCCUCAGAGCCCAAAGCGGCGCGUAAGAAGCCGGAGUUUAAGUUCUCCAUCUCGCUCCCCCGGCGGCGCGGCGAGCGGGGGCGAGGGAGCAAAAGAUGACGCCGUCUCCGCCAUGUCGUCUCUCUUCGCAGCUCGUUUCCCCGCCGCGCAACGGGCUAUGGACGACAAACUAAGAUCACUGAUUGAAGAGUUGACUGAACUGGACAAGAAACCAGACCGACCGCCCAUAGAGAGAUUUGUUGCAAGACAGGUAUUGGAGAUGGCGAGGGAUUGUCUACACAAGUCGGAAUCGAAGCAGGUCACCAGCAGCUAUUUCUACGAUAUGGCCGACAGUUUGGACAGAUUGCUCGCUGAGACUCGAGAAAAAUCAGCCGAAGCGGGCGCCCAAGUAGCGCCGCUAGUGACCCGGCUCAUCUUAGCGAUGGCUCGCCCCGCCCGCCUGCUGGAGUGUCUCGAGUUCGAUCCCGAGCGGUUCUACCGGCUACUAGAGGCGGCAGAGGGACACGCUAAACACAUGCAGGGCAUGACGUCUGACAUCCCGAAGUACAUAAUCCACAAGCUGGGCCUGUCCCGGGACCCGCUGGCAGAGCUCCACGCGCCGCCCCCGCCGCCGCAGCCGCCGCAAAACGCCUCGCCUUCCAAGUCGCGAGGUCGCCAGUCGCCGCCCGCGGGUCCCGGGGGCGCUCCGCCCUCCGAAAACGACUACCAGGUGAUCAAGCUCAUCUCCAACGGGGCUUACGGCGCUGUGUACCUCGUCAAACACAAGCAGACCCGGACGAGAUACGCGAUGAAAAAGAUUAGUAAAAACAACCUAAUACUUCGUAACCAAGUGGAGCAGGCGUUCGCGGAGAGGGACAUCCUUAGUUUUGCCGACAAUCCUUUUGUGGUAACGAUGUACUGCUCCUUCGAAACCAAACGCCACCUCUGUCUCAUCCUUGAGUUCGUCGAAGGAGGCGACUGCGCCACCCUGCUCCGCGCCGGACCGUUACCACCCGACAUGGCGAGACAUUACUUCGCCGAAGCUGUGCUAGCUGUAGAAUACCUGCACUCUUAUGGCGUUGUUCACAGAGACUUGAAGCCUGAUAAUUUAUUGAUCACUGCCACUGGACACAUAAAGCUGACGGAUUUUGGUCUUAGCAAGAUGGGUCUUAUGUCUUUGGCCACGAACCUGUAUGAAGAAUACGCGGACAGGGAAGCGCGUCAGUUUUCUGACAAGCAAGUUUGCGGGACCCCGGAGUAUAUCGCCCCUGAGGUCAUACUCAGACAGGGCUACGGUAAGCCAGUGGACUGGUGGUCGAUGGGUAUCAUCCUGUACGAGUUCCUGGUCGGCUGCGUACCCUUCUUCGGAGACACGCCUGAAGAAUUGUUUGCUCACACUGUUAAUGAUGAUAUCGAGUGGCCGUCAGAAGAAGACUUUCCUAUAGCGGUGGAGGCGAGAGCCAUUAUCACUGAGUUACUCGCGCGAAACCCGAGGGACCGACUCGGAACCGGCGGGACGCAUCAAGUCAAGGAGCACGUAUACUUCUACGGUCUGGACUGGAACAACCUUCUGCGGCGGAAAGCAGAGUUCAUUCCUCAGCUGGAAAACGACGAGGACACCAGUUAUUUUGACAGCCGCUGCGACCGCUACAACCACAGUGAAGCGGAUACAGACGAGGCAGCGGAAGCGCCAGCGGAGGCGGGCGAGGAAGCGGGACUCUUUGCCGCCUUCUCUUCAACCUCGCCGCAAUGGCGGCGGCACACGUCGGCGGUGUCGCAUGACUCUAGGAGUACGGACAGCUGGCCGGGCACACCCGACAGCGCUGGACCGCCGAGCACUCCCACCGCUCCCUUACAUCACCAUCCGAGGUGCCCGAUGAUAAUCCCCGGCGGGUCGGGGUCGACGGCGGAGUCCUCGCAGACGGAUUCGGACGACGUGUCGCCCGCCGCGCGCCGCCGCCCCGCGCUGCGCCCCCACCCCGCGCAGCCCGCCCGAGCAUCUGACGCGCCGAAAAAAGAGGCGAAGAGCGUGGACAAGCCUGAUCGUCCGGAAAAGACGAAACCGAUGGCGCUCGUCGCACCGAAGGCGAUGCGACGCUCGGCCUCCACCUCCGGACUCUCCCUGGUUAUACAUCCAGCGGAAGACACCGGCACGCAUGGCGGCGCAGGCUCGCCCUGCGCUGGCAACACGUCAAGCACCAACUCCUCUCGAGACUCCUCGCCGUGUCGCGACCCGCCUUCGCCGUUCGCACAUCAUAACCACUCGCUGAUCCAGUCAUCGAAACCGCCGAUCGUGGUCCGUCGCGGCCCCCGCGGCUUCGGGUUCACGAUCCACACGGUGCGCGUGUACUACGGCGACACGGACUACUACACCAUGCACCACCUGGUGUCGGCCGUCAGCGAGCAGGGCGCCGCGUGGGCCGCGGGGCUCCGCGCCGGGGACCUCAUCACGCAGCUCAACGGCGAGUCCGUGCAGGGCCUGCUGCACACGCAGGUUCUCAGGUUACUCCUGGCGGCGCCGCACGCCACGCUGCGCGCCACGCCGCUUGACCAGACCACCAUACAGGCGGGAGGGAGACGACGAAUCGGUGGCGGGCGGCGCGCGUCGGCACCGCCGCGGCCCCGGCCCAGACGACGAUGCUCGUUGUUCAGGAGGAUCUCUACUAAGAGGGCCUCGCAGGAAAUGCAUCAGAUGGUGUCAGGGGUGGAGCUCGCGUCGCCGUCGGCACCUUCGUCGCCCUGCGGCGACAGUCCGCUGCACGCGGCCGCCACCACCACGCACUACCAACGGCCGUCCUCGCUCCACGGUCUGAAGCACAAGCUGGUAGCGGGCGGGGCGGAGGUCCGGCGCGCGUCGCUGCAGCACAUGCCGCUGUCGCCGCUCGCUCGGACGCCGUCGCCGUCCCCGCAGCCCCCGCCGCAGUCGCCCACCAGCCGCUGCGAGGCGCGCAGCCCGUCGCCGCUGGCCGCGCGCGAGUGCGGGCGCCGCGCGUGGGCGCGCCGCGACCCCGCCUCGCCUCUACUACGCCGCGCGCUCUCGCCUGACAGACUGCACCCGCGCUCCGCCGAGUCCAAGUGCUCGAUCUCCCCGCUGUGCUGCGGCGGCGGCGGCGUGACGGCCGUGUCCGUGUCGGGCCCCGCGCGGCGCGGCGUGGUGUGGCGCGCGCCUGCUGUGGCCGCGCCGCCCGACCCCCCGCCGCCGGACAAGGAGGAACCACCGCUGCCCAGGAUAGCCGAGGAAAAGGACUCGCCUACCCACCAUGCCAAGAUCGCGCCCAACAGGACCCCUGCCAAGCAGAUGACCCCGAGCAUCUUCACGUCCUCGCCGAAGACGAGCCUCGAGAAGACCUUCGACGCGUCUAAUUCUUUCGCGUCUUUGUCUCUGUCCGACGAGUCCUUCGCACCUGACACCUCUGUGGACCUGGAUACUUCGAGAGACACAACUAUUGACAACCUCCGCCUUGACGAAAGUCGUUCCAGCACGGACAACAGCUCAAUACUCUCCGAGGACAAAGAGAAGAAACCAGAAGACAAAAAGAAGACACUCCCACAAGAAACACCCGAACAGCCUAAAGACAAAACCAGAAAGAAGUCCGACUCCAGUCUCAAAGAAGAGGAUAAACCAAAGGAGAAAAGCAAAAAGGAGAAACCAGAGUUGAAAAAGCAAGAUUCUAUAAAGAAAGUCGAAUUAAAAGAAGCCACAAAAGAAGAUAAAAGAGAGAAAGCAAUGGAAAGAACGGGGUCUGUGAAGAGAGUGGAAAGCAAACAAGAGAAAGCGGAGGCGAAGAAACAGGAAAAGUUGGAGAGGCAGGAAAAAGCGGAGAUUAAGAAACAGGAGAAGAUUGAGAAGAGAACGGAGGGGAAGAAGGAAGUGCUAAAGAGACAGGAGUCUGUGGACACGAUGAAGUGCCCAGAGCCGACGGAGACGGAAUGCCGCUCCAAGAACAGCAUGGUCAGCAAGCUGCUGGGGGUGAUGGGACGGAAGGGAGCGCGGGACCGGGACGAAGACGACCACAAACCCAGCAGGAAGGCCGACAAGGCCAGCCGGAAAAAGGGCGGCAACACGCCCACCCAGCAGCAGCCACCAAGCAAACUGACCGAAGCCGGAGGCUCCACCGAAAAGGUCGCCGAAAGCGAAGACCCCAAGAGAAAGGGGCGGGGGCGCGCUUCCAGCUCCUCCUCACAGGAGAAAUAA